AUUUUAUUUUUUGUUGAAGAUAAAUAUUUUAAUAGUUUGUUUUUAGUUGUAAACGAUUUGUAUCAAAGAAAACAUUAGAACGUGCUGGCGGAAUGCGUUAUUUAUACGGCGAUGCAGAUGAAAAAUACGUCAAGGCUCAGGCCACAAGUGAAAUAGAUAAAAAUCCUUUGUCAACUUUUAAAUUCCGUUUAAAUCCCAUGAUUCAAGGUAAAACAGAUGUGAAGGAAUUUGACAAAACGGAUGUGCCAAUUGUAUUUAAAUGUACACCGGAAACGCUGCUGAACUUGUGCGUUAAAUUGGUGGAUGUCAUGCCUUUGCCCAUGGUUUAUACUUGGACUAUAGAGGAUAUUUGUAAAUGGUUGAGAGCUUGUGGAUAUAGACAAUAUCAGAACACUUUUCGCGAAAACCUCAUCACUGGACACAGUUUAUUGCUUCUUGAUGCUUCUGCCCUCUCCGCCAUGAAUAUUAAAGACUUUGAUCAUAUUAAAGCUAUAACUCAAGGCAUACGCGCCUUGUUUUAUUUUGAAAUGACUAAAUUUGGACGUAGUCUUACUCUCUAUCCAGAAUUCCAUCACGAAUUGUACAAACUAUUUCGCCUAAAGACAGGAGCAAAAUAUGAAGAUGCGCGAUGUUCUGAUCUGUGGCGCAAAAUGCAAAUGAUACGUCAAAAAGAACCAAACUAUUCGCACUGGGAGAUUUUAGAACGUUGGUUGGGUUUCGAAAAAGAUCCCGAAUAUACAGAAUUAAUUGGUGGUAUACGCAGAUCGAAUCUAUAUACAUGUAAGGCAAAAUCAGCUCCAGCUACACUAGCUAGUAAACGUUCUCAACGUUGCUUUUGUUUGCCUCCUUGUGAAUGUUAUUGGAGCGAUUUGGAUCGCCGGCCACCAUGGCGGUUUAAGUGUUUGCCGAAUUUAGCACCAGACUCGGAAUUCGUUGAAGUUUGUCGAGGUUGUAUUCCACCAUGUACAUGUCGUUGGUCAUCUAAGAAAUAUUUGACACGUGGUGUUUUGUCUUGUCUCCAGCAAGCAUUUCCUCAGAAAUAUGGUGGUGUUCAAGGUCAAAAUCGUUAUCGUAAAUACGAACAAUUUUCAUCGUAUCGCUUAUCGCUUUUUUAAGUAAUUAACUUUAAUCAAAUUCGAUGUUGCAUUUUUAAUUUAUUUUUUUAACAUUUUCUGUUUAAUUUUUAAACUACAUAUGAUUUACAUUCAUCUGCUCUUCUGUAUAUUUGUUGAAAUGAAAAAUAGAGCAAAAUAAAUUACAGAUUU